AUGGAUUAAAUUGAAAUAAAGGAAAUGGAUGCAAUAUAUUUCGAUAAAUAAUACGCAAGUUAUCAUCCUUCUCAUAAUGAAAUAUUGUUGAAGGACAUACACGAAUAUCAACAUUUUAAAAAUGUGAUUGCAUGCUUUUAUAAUUAUACAAAUGAUAUGAAAGUGGAGCUGUAAAGAAUUGAGACUCAUUUUAAAACACUUAAACAGGAACAAAGGAUCAACCUACUAAUGAAUUAUCAAGAAAGAAUUAAAAAAUUAGAUUAUUGUAUUAAAAAAAAUGCGCAAUUUUGUUUUUUAAUAGUUGCUGCUUAUGUGGAUAUGUUUCCAGAGAUGAAUUUGAGUCAAGUUAAAUAUAUAUCAGAUUUACCAUACUUUCAUCAUGUUUCACAUGGAGAUAUUUCAAAACUUAGAAUAACUUUAAAAUAAUUUUAUCGAGGUAUUAAAAUAAUAAUCAAUAACAGAUUGGAGCCAUUAAGGCUAAGGUGAAAGAGAUUAAUCUUAUAAACUAAUUAUUGAUUGUUUAUAAUAAUAUUAUCCAGAUGCAAGAACUAAAGAUGUGAAAUAUUAGGUACUUUUACCUGGAGCAGGCUUAGGGAGACUAGUUUUCGAAUUAGCAAGCAAAGGCUUUGCCGCUUAAGGAAAUGAGUUCUCUUAUUUUAUGCUUUUGAGUUCUCAUUUCAUCAUUAAUCUUACUCAAAAAAAAAACUAAUAUGAAUUAUAUCCAUUCGCAAAUAAUUUUUGUAAUCGAUUAAGGUAUUAUAAAAUUAACUUUAGUGAAAAUGAUUAAUUUGAAUAAGUAUAAGUUCCUGAUGUUGUUCCAGCAGAAGUUUUAACAGAAAAUGAUGAAAUGUCUUUUGUAGCAGGAGAAUUUAUUGCUGUAUAUCAUCAACCUAAAUACUAAAAUUUUUGGGAUAGUAUCAUUACUUGCUUCUUUAUUGACACAGCAAAUAAUGUAUUAGAUUAUAUAGAUGCAAUUUAUUAUAUUCUAAAACCUAAAGGAUGUUGGAUAAAUUUUGGACCUUUGGAAUAUCAUUUUGCAAACUAAUUCUCUGAAACAAGCAUAGAAUUAAGUUAUGAGGAUCUUAAACAUUAUAUAAAAUAAAAAGGAUUUGAGAUUUAUUUUGAAUAAAUGAAAGAAUCUACUUAUAAUCAUUCGAAACUAGAUUAAAAAUACUUAAUGUAUAAUUGUAUAUUUUUUAUGGCUAUAAAGAAGUGA